GUCGAGAUCGGCGCGACCGAGGACCGAGGAGGUAAACAUUGUACAGUACGAUUGGCCGGUUCCGAGGUGGCGGGUCUUUCGCUUUUUCUUCCUACCUGUCUUCUCACGUUUGAGAGGGAGUCGCUGAUUUUUGAGUUCCACGCGACACAACGUGUUUCCCCGAUAGAGUUUUCGUCGUCGAUUGUUCUCUCUCGAUCGUCGAUUUUAAAUCGCGGGACGAUUUGGCGAGUUUCGCCAAAUUUGGUUUUUUUUUUGUAUAUUCGACAUCGCACCAUCCUGGGACUGCCUUUUGGAUGUUACGAGCGGCGGUGAUAAGCAGCGCCCGGAUUUCGGAUUACGCUCGAGUGUUACAUAGCGUGCAGUUUCCUGUCUUCGAUGUUGGGCUAUUAUCAAACGGAGUCGAUACCUAAUCCGGCGAUGUCGAUUUCGGCACCGACCAGUGGCAUGACCGCCAGUCUGGAAACGAUAAACCCGGUGAAGAGUCUGGUUUGCAGUCCGGACAUCGCGAUGUUCGCCGCGUCUGGUUGCAACGGCACGGUUGAAACCGGCGCUGAUCCGGUAAGCCCGUCGUCGAUGAUCGCGGACGGCGGAAAGUACCAGUGUCUACUCUGCCAGAAGAGUUUCGCGCAGAAAAACGUGUACCAGAGUCACCUGAGGUUGCACGGUAAGGACGGCGAGGAUCCGUAUCGUUGCAACAUCUGCGGGAAAACGUUCGCCGUCCCGGCGCGACUGACACGUCACUACCGCACUCACACCGGCGAGAAGCCGUACAAGUGCGAGUACUGCAGCAAGUCGUUCUCGGUGAAGGAGAACCUCAGCGUUCACCGACGUAUUCACACUAAGGAACGGCCGUACAAAUGCAACGUGUGCGGACGUGCGUUCGAACACAGCGGCAAGCUUCAUCGUCACAUGCGCAUACACACAGGCGAACGUCCACACAAGUGCACCGUGUGCGCCAAGACGUUCAUACAGAGCGGCCAGCUGGUGAUACACAUGCGUACGCACACAGGCGAGAAGCCGUAUGUGUGCAAGUCGUGCAAGAAGGGUUUCACCUGCUCGAAGCAAUUGAAGGUACAUACGCGCACCCACACCGGCGAAAAACCCUAUACCUGCGACAUCUGCAGCAAGGCGUUCGGAUACAAUCACGUGCUCAAACUUCAUCAAGUGUCCCACUACGGGGAGAAAGUGUACAAGUGCAUGAUCUGCAACGAGACCUUUAAUUCGAAGAAGACCAUGGAGUUACAUAUUAAGAAACAUCCGGAAUCGCCGGCGUCAUCCAUCACCGCCAGUGUCACCGACAACGGAUUGUCCUCACCCGCAGCGAUCGGCUCGCUGAUCGAGCCGGACGUCGAGAUCUCCCGGGGUAGUAGCGGCUGCGGGGGCGGCGGCGGCGGUGGUAACGGCAACGGGAGUAGCAACGGCGACGAUAACAGUCGCGGAGGUGGUCUUCGUAACAAUACCGGUUCGAUUAAUGUCCCGACGACGAAUUCUAGUUUAUCCGGUGUCACCACCGACAACAAGGAGAACCUAAAGACUGAAGAGGCCUAUCCGGAUUCGACGACGCCGAGCCCUUACGCCGUUCAGCGCGAGUUUGCUUACUACCUGUACUCUAACAACAGAGAUCAACAACAACAACAACAACAACAACAACAACAACAACAACAACAACAACAACAGUAUUCGCAGUCGGUGACAACGCCGCCCGUGAGCACGGUGGAACCUGUACUGACCGACGUCGACGAGAAGCGUUUCCAAGCGAGCGUGGUGGUGAGCGCGCCAUUAGAAUCAACUCACCACGUGUUCUUCUAUCCGGAACCGACGUACACCAGCUUCGGCAUGGUCACCGGCGCCGGCAUCGACCUCGACACCGACGACUGCUCGUCCUUGCUAAAUCUGCCGGGUAACGACGCGCGUCGCAGGGUCGAGGCCGCGUUGGAGGCGGUCGAGGAGGAGCGCCAGAGACAAGAAUACAGCGUCGGGAUCAAGGUCGAUCGAGACCCGCUGCUCAUCACGCCGCCCAGCAGCAAUCCCGAGAGCCCGGUGUCGUCGCCGGAUCUAGCGCUUGAUCUGGCGAUUCCGUCGCGAGAAACGUUGAUUUUGCCGCCGAGAAAACGCAGCAAGAUGAUUCUUCAGUCGAUGGAAAGCGAGUACAGAAAUAACAGCCUAAUCGCGGCGUCUCAAAGGCAAAGCUCCGUCAUACAGUUCGCUCGGGCUUCAUAUGCACGUGACUACAUGUUCAGUCCUGUACAGGUAAAACAUGAAUGUACAACUGUGGAAGAUGUGAACAGCACGAGUAACACGAGCAUCCAAGAUAAUUCCGUUUAUCCUAUUUUUAUCAAUCGAGAUGUCGAGCACGUGUCCCAUCAUCACUUAUGGGUGGAAACGCAACUGUCGAACGAGAUCCCUGUGAAAACUGAAAUUUACAAUCAGGAAGCUAUGUUCCAGACGCAAGAACAUGAGAGCUUGCCGUAUAUGAAGGAUUAUGUGCAAAAUGACAUAUUUUAUGCGAUCAAUCAAGAACACAGUGACAACCAAAUGCAGACGAAUAACUUGUGUCAUCAGAACACAAACAGCACUGUUGUAAUACAAGAGAACAAGCAAACACCGCUGCUGCAAGAUUUGCAGAACAUAGGAAGUAUCAAUCAAACACUACCGCCUAAGUCAUCGACCUCUGCGAAAAGCAAUUCUCUCGAGAGACUGUCGAAAAAUACCGACGACUCCAAUAUGGGGAAAAAGUUGAAAUACAAAUGUGAGAUAUGCUUGAAGGAGUUCGGACACAAGAGCAAUUUGUUCAUACAUAUGAGAACCCACAACGGGGAAAGACCUUACAAAUGUAAUCAAUGUGACAAGUGCUUCACUCACAGUGGGAAUUUGGCGAUCCACAUGAGAACACAUUCCGGCGAACGACCGUACGCCUGUCAGAUAUGCGGAAAGAUGUUCAGCCACAGUGGGAAUCUAUCGACUCAUCUGAGAACUCAUUCAGGGGUGAAGCCGUAUAAAUGUAGUGUGUGCAACAAAGAGUUCAGGCAUAGUGGCAAUUUGUCGAUACACGAGCGAAUACAUUCUGGAGUGAAACCGUUUCACUGUAAAGUUUGUGGGAAGGAAUUUUAUCACAGCGGUAAUCUGACGACUCACAUGAAGAAACAUCCUGUAAAUACAAAUGAUUGCAAAAGUGAGCAAAGGGACGUUAGGGGAUACGCUAAUGAGGAUGUUAAUACUUCUUCUUCGGACGUGUCAUUAAAUGAUAUUAAAUCUAGACGUAAUAACGUAGUUCCUACGAAACAGGAGAGCACAGAGGAUAUGCUAUUAGAUAGUGUGGGAAUAUUAACUCCUAGUUGAAGUUUUUUACUUAACACUACAACUCGAAGUGUGAAUCAUAUAAUCUGUUACAAUCUAUCUCAACUAGCCGUAUUGUAAUAAAAUAAAUUUGUUCUGUGAUGA